UGGAUUUCCCAAAAUGCCCUUGGCUCCAUCACUGAGUCUGCAGUGGAGCUCCUUGCAGCAAAACAACCCUUUUUCUCACAUUGGUCUUCUUCCAUUCUUCCGCUCCAAAACCUCCCCAUUCCCUCACAAAACGCUUCAACCUAACAAAACCCUCAAACCCUUUCUUCCUUUCUGGCUAAAGUUUGCUUUUUUAACCUUUUUCUUCCUUACCCCCCUUUGAGUCCCUCUUAUUUUCCCGCAUUCUCUUCAACCCUCACACAUCAUAGUUCCUCACCAGCUUCAUCUCCUGACAUGAACCUCGUACCAGUUCAGGUCACACAGUACGAUGAAUGCAGCUUAGCCAUUAUUUCUGUCCUUAUUUUCCGCUUGAACUCGCUCUUUCUUUGUUUUUGGUUCAAGCUUAGGUGGGGCAUGGUUCAUUGUUUGACUUGAGUUCCGGUUCUUCGGACGGCGCGCACAUACUCUUAAUCCUCGCCCUUGUUUUGAAUCUUCAUUGUUGAAUCCUGAUUUCUAGCCUUUUAUUUGCGGCUUGGUUUGUUUUAUUUUGGAUUUUGUUUUUUUGUGAUGCUGGUGGUGGUGUCGGUUGCUUUUGUUUCUUGUUCAUUAAUGGUUUGAGUUUGAGGACGGUAUUUUAGGCCUAGGGUUUUCUAUUCCUGAACUCAAUUUUGGUUUGGUUGAGGAACAGCCCUAUUACCAGUUUGACAUAUCCCUUUUUUUUUUUGAGGUUGUUUAUUGAGAAUGUCUGGGGUGGAUGCUCCUGCUUUUUUAACAUGGGAGGAGAGGAUUAUAUGCCAUGAGCGUGGGAACCGUGUGAUUCACUUCUACUUGAAGGAUUCAUUGGGGAAUUCGGUUCUUGCUGUUGUGGGGACUGAGAGGAGUGUGAGGCACAUGAUGUAUGUUGUCCCUGACCAUUUCUUGCAGACUUAUGGAUCCGCACAUUCCAUCAACGCUUGUAAAUGGCGGGCGAGGCGAGAGGUCGUUGAGUGGCUUACUUGUUUGGUUUCCAGGAACCAUGCACCUGAUUCAGAUGUUUGUGUGACAGGUAUUGAGCUGGAUGAUGCAGCACAAGCUUUAGAAUCUCUCAAGCUUGGAAACAGUGCUCAUAAAAAAACUUUACCCGACAAACUGAUGUCAAGGAAAUUGAGAUUCCAGAGUUCAGAUAUUGAAUGGUCGGGCGUUGCUUGGUAUUGUGCUAAACAGCUGAAGCACUACCCAGGAUUUUGUAGGAAUGGGACAACCAUUUAUGUUCAUUCGUUUGUAUAUAUUAUGGCUGAGGAAGAAAACCACUAUCUAGGUUACCUGGAAGAUAUGUAUGAAGACAAGAAGAAACAAAAAAAGGUUAAGGUACGGUGGUUUCACCAUGGUCGGGAAGUUAAGAAUGUGGUUCCACAGCUGAAUCUGCAAGAGGGAGAGGUUUUCAUAACACCUCAUGUUCAAGUGAUCAGUGCUGAGUGUGUCAAUGGCCCUGCAAUAGUUUUGACCCCUAAGCAUUAUGAGAAAUGCGUGUCUGCUAUUCUACAUUCCUCAUUAUCGGAGAUCCAUAUAUGCUCUCGGCAGUUCAAAAACAAUAAACUUAAGCCCUUCACACUCACUAAGCUGCGCGGAUAUAGUAACCAAUCCGUGCUCUCUUUUUUGGGUGAUCCUAUUGUUUCCAAGCGAAAAGCCAAGAGUCAUAAAUUGGACACAGAAGAUGAUGAGGACUUCGCUCAAGACAAUCCUCUAAGGUCGAGCAAUAAGAGGGGCAAAAUUCCUAAGGGAUAUCAAGUACUUGAAAACGGUUCUUCUAGCCUGCAAAACUCUGCUCUGAAAAAGAGUGAACAAAAGUUCCCAAGUUUGAAAUUAACACUAUCAAGGAAAACAAUGGGUAUCAAGUUUGUUGGACCUAAGCCUCAGCAUCAGUUGUCUUUUAAUGUCGAUGAUAAGGUCGAGUUUCUCUGUCAAGAUAGUGGCAUUAGAGGAUGCUGGUUCAGGUGUAAAAUUUUGAGUGCGACUCAGAGGCAACUGAAGGUCCAGUACGAUGAUCUUAUGGAUGCAGACGACAUAGACAAGCUAGAGGAAUGGAUCCCUGCAACUAGAGUAGCAGCUCCUGACAAACUGGGUAUGCGGUGUUCAGGCCGCUUAACUGUGCGACCAUUCCCACCAAAAGAUACUACAGAUCAUGCUUUUGAGAUUGGAACUGCAGUGGAUGCCUGGUGGAGUGAUGGAUGGUGGGAAGGUGUUAUAACUGGCAUUGAUGUUGGUGGAGUAGGAACUCUUCAAGUUUAUACACCUGGUGAAGAAAGGCUCCUAACAGUCCAGAAGAAGGACAUUCGGAUUUCGCGAGAUUGGGUUGAUAACAGGUGGGUUGAUAUAGCUGGAAAGCCUAACAUUUGCAGCCAUUUACCUUCAAAUGUUAGUUCUCGUGUUGGGCUGUCGGCUAAUUCUGCUGUGGUAGACGGAUCUGUGUCCGGUUGUUCUGCUAUAUUAGAAAGUAAGUCAUCCUCGAUUCCCAAAGUUGAAGUUGCUCCAAAGGUUGAGCAAGAAUUAUCCGGUUUGGAAGCACCCGAACUGGAAAGUAUGAAGGGAGUGGUAACUUUGGGGAAGCCACUAGCUGCCAUCGAUGAAGACGAGGAUAUUGACUCUGGUGACGGUGGUUGUGACGGUGAAACUGACAACAUUGAUGGUGACGGUAAGAAGGCACUUGAUACCAUUGACAAUGAAAAGGAUGUCUCUCGCGGCGACGCAGAAAAAAAUGAUGACGGCGGUGACAAAGUUGAAAAGAACAAUGAGGGAGAUUUGAUGUUGAAGGAACAACAUUUUGAUUCUGCAGAACAAAAACUUGAUGCAGCAGAAGCAAGUUGCAUGAAUAUCUAAUAUAGCUAAAUGAUAAUUCUUUGGCCUCCAAUCGAUUAUAGCUUAAGGUGGAAGCACCUUGUAUAUAAAAUCGAAAUGAAGUCCUGGGGUUAGUUUAUAUAAGCUGAGGGUAAUGAUUUUCUGGUGUCUAACAUAAGGAUAAUUGGUAGUGUAUAGCUAGUGUUUUGGGUUGAGAGUCCUUUUAGUUUUAGUAGAUAAAACGUUCUGUAAUCUAUAGGGAUUAUAUAAUUUACAUUCUAUAAUCUAUAGGGAUUAUAUAUAAUUAUAUGUUAGAAUUAA